AUAAUACAGGAAUAAAAAACAUAUAAAACUAGUGUUACAUAAAAUGUUAUCAUUCAUUAUACCGGAGAUCGUAGUGCUGUACGCGUCGGACGGCCGGGAAUGGGACCGAUAUCUGGCCGAAGAGUUUUCGCAAAUGAUUGAAUUCCCGUUGAAUAUACAUCACAAACAGGCGGAACACUUGGACGAAGACUACGACCACUUCCACCAACAGAUCCCGCGAUACAACGCUUUCAUACUAUUGAUUAGCAAAGAGUUUUUGCAUACAAUCCAACUGUUGUCGCAUAGGAUGUACACAUUGACCGAAUCGAUGAAUCCGGCAAAAUGUUUGAUCAUGUUUUGUGACUGUCUUGAGACUGAUGUGAGUGAUGGCCACAAGAGAUUGCUGUGCGGUUACCGCCGCUGUCAUCGACUGGUGGCCACUCAGACCGAUGUCAAACAGUUUAUGAUCAAUACAGUCAAGUGUUUGUCUAAUAUACUGGAUCUGAACCGCUAUAAAGACCAUCGGGUGCUCAAUGUGUCUAAAAAACGGUACGAAAAUUUUAUAUCCAUAGCACCACAGUUUGAAUUGUCCACCGAUACAAUACACACGAGAAAUGAGAGGAUUUAUAUACUGCUAGAGUCGGCCGUAAGUGAAACACAGAGAAUACACGUAUCAAUUGGAGUGACAAAUGACUUAUUGAUUGUUCACUGGAAAAAUCCAUACACACUGUACUUCACUAUACCGGAAUUUAUGAUAUCAUAUAACGAUACGCUGGAGAUAUCGUUAAUAUGCGGUCACAAACAUUUAGGCACACAGAAAAUAUUAAACACCCGAUCGUUGGACAGGAAUGAGUUCGCAAUGAAAUAUAGUCUGUAUGAUAUCCCGCGCUCGGCAUCCCUUUCCCACAUCCAGUAUAGGGAUCGACAGGUAUUCAUUGCAUUCCGAGUCACAAACUCUUUGGAUCGUUUUGGCGACGAUUUGUGUGAACUUCUAUUGUCUUAUCUCUCACUCGAAGACCGAUUCCGUUGCGAAUGUGUGUCCAAACAGUUCCAGAGGACAGUCUUCACCACAAUUACCAUCAUUACUAUCGACCAAAAACUCAAACGAAAACUCUGUGGCCCUCAAUAUCUUAAUAACAAUUUCAUACCAAAACUCGCGAAGAAGUUCCCAAACCUGCGGACCAUUGACUGUCAGUCAGUAUCCAUACCGCCGAAGACAUUGUUUGCCCCGAUGUUCACCAGGCUUAAUUACAACUAUCCAUUGAACAUACAUCGUCUCAAUCUUUACCACCGAUUGUCUCAUUUGAAACUCCACUCUCUGUCCGAAAUAUUUGUCUACAAAACAGAGUUUUUGGUCAAAAAUUUGACAAAAAUUGUGUGCGAAGUGACAACGGGUUUCACGAGACAAAUGAUGUCCACAUUUGUGGCCAAUAAUCGUCGACUGAAAAGUCUUCACCUGAAGUGCGAGUCAUUAGAGACACAACUGAUUGUCAUUGAAUUUGUGGAUCAAUUGCCAUAUCUGCGGGAACUGAGUGUCGACUUACCAUCGGAUCAAAUACCGGCCAACACUUGGCUUAAAAUUGGCCAAAAUUGUCGCCAAUUGACCAGAUUUUCGCUCAUUUCGCGCACAAUGUCUGCCAAAACAUAUGUCCGAACAUUGGAUUCGAUGCAACACUUCCGGCGACUCAAGAGAUUGUCUCUGAAAACCGUAUCGUUUAACUUAUGGCGUAAUCCCAGCGCUAGUCAUGAGUUGUCGGUCUUAAGACACUGCCGACGGUUAACACACUUAUCGCUAUUCACGUCACGAUUGACCACCGAUUCAUUUGCCUGUAUUGACCAGUAUUUGCCACGUCUUCAGCAUCUGGUGAUCGGCGACACCAGAAAUACGGUUACAUUUGACUCUUUCUAUCAUAUCUUGAAACUACCGGCGCUGAAGACACUGACCAUCGAUGGCCACCAUUGGCCCGAAGUGUUUGACAGUCGUAUGCAUGAAUUGGCCAUGGUCAUUGGCCCUAAACUCGAGUUUUAA